GGCUUAGCUUUUCCGUUAACGGAAAAUCCCAUUCAAAACUCUGCCUAAGUUCAAAACCCUAACAAUUGGGGUUUUACGGAGGGAAAGAAAAACAAAAACUUUGCAAAAGCUUGAUUGUUUGGAGCUAGGUACUUUCUGUAUAAUUUAUUUGAACUCUGCAAAAACUUGAGAAGUUGGAGUCAGUUUUUGUAUAAUUUAUUUGAACUCUGCAAAAACUUGAGAGGGAAAAACGAGGGCAAAGAAAAUAAAAUGCCGCUGGGGCAAAGGCCAGGUGAGAAGAGCGAGUCGCGCUACUGUGGAGUGGAGACUUCCUUCAGCGAUGACGUGCCCAACGUGCUCAGACACAACCUCACCAAUGCCUUUGAUUUCGUUCUAAUGCCUCUGACUGACCCUGUAUAUAGACCCAGUGAAAUGAAAGAGAGUCAAAAUGGGCCAGGUGUUCCUCCAUUUGCUGGUUCUGAUCUGGUCUUGAGUCCUGCACAGUGGAAUAGUCAUGUAGUUGGGAAAAUAAGCUCCUGGAUUGAUUUAGAUUCUGAUGAUGAGGUGGUCAGAAGGGACUCUGAAACUACUCUAGGACAGGAACUAGCGUGGGCAGCUCAUCUCUCAUUGCAGGCAUGUCUUUUGCCAACACCUAAGGGACUUUCUUGUGCUAACUAUGCUCGGUGUGUAAAUCAAAUUUUGCAAGGUUUUCACAAUAUGCAGUUGUGGCUAAGAGUACCUAUAGGUUUUGAAAGUGAAGAGUCUGAGGACAACCCAGAAAAGAAUGACACAUUUUUGAGACAAGAUGCAGUGUAUAGGAAACAAAGUGGUGAUCCAUGGGAGUGGUGGAAUACAUUUCGUUUGCUAUGUGAGCACCAUAGUCAAUUGUCAAUAGCCCUCGAUAUUUUGAGUUCUUUGCCUUCUCCAAAUUCAGUUGGUCGUUGGACUGGAGAGCCUGUCAGAGCAGCCAUUGUACAUACUAAUGCCUUCUUAACCAAUGCACAUGGGUAUCCUUGUCUAUCAAAGCGCCAUCAGAAAUUACUCACGUCUUUUUUCAAUUACUCUGUGCAGAUAGUGAUCUCUGGAGAAGGAUUGCUUCACACUACUGCACAGAGCUCAGAAAAACCCCUAGAAAGGAAUGACUGUGUUGUUGGUGAAGAUGGUCAGAUAAGGAAGCAUCCCUUGAAGCCAUACUUGGAUUACAUUGGAUAUCUUUACCAGCGGAUAGAGCCUCUCUCUGAACAGGAACGGUUUGAGCUUGGCUACAGGGACUUUUUACAAGCUCCAUUGCAGCCUCUAAUGGAUAAUCUUGAGGCUCAAACUUAUGAAACGUUUGAGAAAGACACCAUGAAGUAUGUUCAGUAUCAGAAAGCAGUUCAUGCAGCCCUACUUGAUCGGGUGCCUGAGGAGGAAGCAUCAACAACUACUACUGUACUCAUGGUUGUAGGUGCUGGCCGAGGACCACUAGUAAGGUGUUCAUUGCAGGCUGCAAGAGAAACAGGUAGAAAAUUGAGAGUUUAUGCCGUGGAGAAGAAUCCCAAUGCAGUUGUUACACUUAAUAGCUUGAUAAGACUGGAAGGUUGGCAAGAUAUUGUAACUGUUGUCUCUGGUGACAUGCGCCAAUGGGCUGCACCAGAAAAAGCUGAUAUUCUGGUGAGUGAAUUGCUUGGUUCAUUUGGUGAUAAUGAACUCUCUCCUGAGUGCUUAGACGGGGCACAACGAUUUUUAAAAGACGAUGGAAUUUCCAUUCCGUCAUCGUACACUAGUUUUAUUCAACCAAUUACAGCAUCGAAACUUCAUAAUGAUGUGAAGUCUCAUAAAGACAUAGCACAUUUUGAAACAGCCUAUGUAGUAAAAUUGCAUAGUGUAGCGAGAUUAGCUCCAUCCCAACCUGUUUUCACUUUUACACAUCCCAACUUUUCUCCUAAAAGGGAUAAUCGGCGAUACAAAAAGCUGCUUUUUGAGCUGCCCGAAGAUACAGGAUCGGUGCUAGUCCAUGGAUUUGCUGGAUACUUUGAUUCUACACUUUAUAAAGACAUUCACCUUGGUAUUGAACCUUCUACAGCAACCCCAGACAUGUUUAGUUGGUUUGCAAUUUUCUUCCCACUUCGCAAGCCCAUCUAUAUUUCAGCUGGUUCAGUUUUGGAAGUUCAGUUUUGGCGUUGUACGGGUGCCACAAAGGUCUGGUAUGAAUGGUCUGUUACAGCUCCAUCAGUGUCACCUAUUCACAAUUGUGGUGGUCGAUCAUAUUGGGUUGGUUUAUAGUUAGAAUGAUAUCGUUACACAGAUGACGUGAUUUAGCAGCUACUACUAAGUUCCUACCUUUUUUCUAUUGCAGACUACAUUACUGGAUGUCCAUUCUAGGUAUGCUCAUGGGGUUCACUUGCAUUUUGCUUGGCCAUUAGUCUUUGCUAAAAACUGAUUAAUCAGUAUCAAGAAUGUCGGAAUUGUUUGAAAUUUGAAAUAUUUGAUUAAGCAGAAUCAAAGGAUUUUCAAGAAGAGCAUGAAGAAAAUGGUUUCCAUUCCAAGUGGAGUUUUAUAAUUAAACAUUCAGCCAUGUAGUGUUUAGUGUCCUGGUUGUAAACAAUUUUGUAUACCUCAAUAACUCAAGAGCUGGGCAAUCCUAGAAACAUGGAUGGGUUCUUCAAGAGCCAAAUUAUGUAAAAGUUUAAAACAGACUUUGGCUGUCUUCUUUGUUACUUGGCCAAUGAGUCAUGCUUUACUAUUCUUAAUUGGUGCUUGUCUUUCCCAAUUCAUAUAUUCCAUCAUCUAGUUAAUUUUU